ACUCCUCAGUUCAGAGAAACAGAAACUCAAGUGUUGUUGAGCUGUUGUGUGUUCGUGUCUCUGUAUUCAGUAAAAUGGCAGAAGCCAGAAUUUCUCAGAAUGAGUUCAUGUGUCCAGUGUGUCUGGAUCUGCUGAAGGAUCCAGUGGCUAUUCCCUGCGGACACAGUUACUGUAAGAUCUGUAUUACAGACUGCUGGGAUCAGGAGGAUGAGAAGAGCGUCUACAGCUGCCCUCAGUGCAGACAGACCUUCAGUCCAAGACCUGCUUUAGGGAAAAACACCAUUCUGGCUGAACUGGUAGAGAAACUGAAGAAGACUAAACUUCCUGCUGACUGUUACGCUGGAGCUGGAGACGUGGAGUGUGACGUCUGUACUGGAAGAAAACACAAAGCCGUCAAGUCCUGUCUGGUGUGUCAGGAGUCUUACUGUCAAACUCAUUUUGACCGUCAUGAGGAAUUUCCCUCUCGUAAACCACACAAAGUGAUUGAUGCCACUGGACGACUGCAGGACAUGAUCUGCCGUAAACAUGAUAAAGAGCUAGAAAUGUUCUGUAUCACUGAUCAACAGUGCAUCUGUGUGUGGUGUAAAGAGUAUGAACAUAAAAACCACAACACUGUAUCAACUGCAGCACAGAGGACAGAGAAACAGAAACAGCUGAAGGAGAUGCAGAUGAAGAUCCGUCAGAGAAUCCAGCAGAGACAGAAAGAUCUUCAUCAGCUGAGAGAGGAUGUGAAGUCUCAUAAGCGCUCUGCACAGACAGCAGUGGAGGACAGUGAGAAGAUCUUCACUGAGAUCAUCCGCUCCAUUGAGAGAAGCCGCUCUGAGGCGACACAGCGGAUCAGAGAUCAGGAAAAGACUGCAGUGAGUCGAGCUGAAGGACGACUGGAGCGACUGGAGCAGGAGAUCAAUGAUCUGAGGAGGAGAGACGCUGAGCUGGAGCAGCUUUCACACACACAAGAUCACAUCCAGUUCCUGCAGAGUUUCCAGUCUCUCUCAGCUCCUCCUGAAUCUACAGACGAACCCGACGUUCCCUUCGGUUCUCUCUCCUCUUUUGAUGGCGUGAGAGAAUCUGUCCGUCAGCUGAGAGACAAACUGGAGGAUUUCUGCAAAGAGGAGAUCAAGAAGAUCUCAGACGGAGUCACUUUCACCAACAUGAAUCCCAAGACCAGGAACGACUUCCUACAAUAUUCCCAUCAGCUCACUCUGGAUCUGAACACAGUGAAUAAACGCCUCCAUCUGUCUAAGAGGAACAGAGUUAUUACUAACACUGGCACACAGCAGCCGUAUCCUGAUCAUCCAGACAGAUUUGAUUGUUAUCAUCAGGUGUUGUGUAGAGAGAGUGUGUGUGGACGCUGUUAC